CGGAAGUCUUGUUCAACUGCCGUCGUCGACGUCGCCACCGACGAGUAGCCCUAUCUGUCGCCCACGGGAGACACUCGUGCGAUGUCUGGAUGGAAGCUCCAGCUGGGGUUGGCCUGCCGCCCGCUUUCGAGGACAGCGACAUAGACCACCUUUUGGAGCUCAUCGCUCUUAUGCUCGAACGCUUGACGUCCAUUAAUGAUCAAAUACCUCUAGCACCUUCGAGCGUUACCCGGUUCCAUUCUGCAGCGGUGCCGCAAAUCAGUAUCUUGGAUUACCUGCGUCGCAUCGUCCGUUACACCAACUGCGAGAAGACAUGCAUUCUCAUCGUGAUGCACUACAUAGACCAGAUCUGCGCCCGUCUGCCCAACUUCACCAUCUCCUCCCUCACCUGCCACCGAUUCAUCAUCACCGCCGUCGCUCUGUCGUCCAAGACUCUCUGCGACGCUUUCUGUACCAAUGCACAUUACGCUCGUAUCGGUGGUAUCUCGCCUAUCGAGCUCACCCGCCUUGAGCGUGAAUUCCUGAUCGCUAUAGACUGGCGUCUGACGUGCACCCGAGAGAUCCUUCAGCUCUACUACGAUAACCUCGUCGCGCACAGCAAUGGCCGAUUCUACAUCAUCGGCUCUCACCCCUCUCAACCCGAACCUCAAUCACCCUCGGAAUCACACACGCACUCCCGUUCGCGCGCGUAUUCGACCAGCAGCAUGACAUCUUCCGGGAGCAGUGACAUCUCCACCAGUCCUCCUCUCUCCCGCUCCACUUCUCCCAUCUCUAGCAUGAGCAUGAGCGUGAACGUCGACUCACAAGCGCAGUUACAAACGCCGUCUCAAGAUCAACAACACGAUCAAGCUGCCGACGCCCUAUCAGCAUUGAAUCCGGCUCUACCCUAUGUUGCAUCACCGACAUCGGGCCACACGAUGGACGUUGACACAGCUGCGGUACCUUCUUUUGAUCCCUCGUCAUCGUCUUGAGGGUAUCAUCAUCGACGGAUGUCCAAGCGCAGGGCAAUUUUGAGCGGCAAAGCUUUAGAUAGAUGGAGCCCUUCAUUCACGAUCAAUCCACGAUCAUCCCACUGGGAAAUGACUGUGCGACGGUACACGCCAGGUCGCAGGUGGCGUGGAGAAGCCGGUACUUGUACCCCGUAUGUGUAUGGGCAGUUGUGGGUGCAUUCCGUCGGAUAUAUACUGUCGUCGAUGGUGGUGCGACACAGGACAUAGGGGCGAGCGUGAGGUUGAGCUUGGCAUGUGCGUGGGCAAGCGCACCUUUAACUUACGCAGCACGGACGGCUGCAGUCUCAUUUUAUCUAUCAGAGUCUAUUUCCACCUCAAUCCAUUAUUUUCGCAACUGCCAUGACUUUUCGUUCUUCAUCUCAGUCUCCGUGGUCUUCUUUUGGUCAACAAGAGCUCUUUUCGUGCCGGUGAGAUGUGUUCAAUGUGUCCCCUCGGUGUAUCUAUAAUCUUUCUUUUUUUCAACCAUGACAUUUGCUAGUCCCUAGGUCCGGUUUGAAUCCUUUCAUUCCACACGGUACUUUGAAGACGUCUCCACACAGAUCCGAACCCCCCAUCCUCUUCCGUUCCGUUGUCAAUUUCUUCCUUUUUCUUUCCAUCUUUCUCCUUUUCAUCGUCUCAGUCUUCCUCCUUCCUCUCUCUUCUUUUCUUCCUUUCUUUCUCUAUUGCCGUGCUCUGUCUUUCUUUUACGAUCAUCUCAUCAGCAUCUUACCUGCUCUUCAACCUAUCUCGGGCAUCGCGUCGUACGCGCACACGCAUGUACUCGUACAUACUCUACACUUCCUUCCCAUUGACAUUUUACGGUCAACAACAAAGUAGUUAAUAGC